AUAAUCUUGUGGAGGGAGAGAAGAUGAACCCACAACACUGAAAGUAACGUUAGAAACGAGAAGGUUUGCAUAAUUUACAGUUUUGAAAACUCACUCACACGACACUGGAAGGAAUCCCUGUCCAUACAUCCCACCAUUACCACAAAAAUUAACACUUUGGGAUUUUCUUUUGCUUCCAACUUUUGGUCUCUCUGCAAAAUCUCAUUCCAAUUGGCGUUCAUCUUCUAAAGGGAAAGGUGGUGUUUGGCAUCUCGGAAGAUGGGUUUGUUUUCUGGAAUUUUCAUGGGGUUGGUGUUCGGCAUCGCAUUGAUGGCUGGAUGGGCACGCAUGAUGAGGUACCGAAGCGCCAAAAGAAUUGCAAAGGCAGCUGACAUUAAACUCCUUUCAUCCCUUAGCAGAGAUGAUUUGAAGAAAAUUUGUGGUGAAAGUUUGCCUGAAUGGAUAUCAUUUCCUGUAUAUGAACAGGUGAAAUGGCUAAACAAGAAACUGACCAAACUUUGGCCAUUUGUGGCAGAAGCUGCAACUUUGGUGAUCAGAGAAUCUGUUGAACCACUGCUAGAAGAGUACAGACCACCUGGAAUUACUUCAUUGAAGUUCAGCAAACUCUCACUUGGAAAUGUGGCCCCAAAAAUAGAAGGGAUUCGUGUUCAGAGUCUUACCAAAGGUCAAAUCAUAAUGGAUAUUGAUUUCCGUUGGGGUGGUGAUCCUAGUAUUAUUUUGGCUGUUGAGGCUGCACUUGUUGCAUCAAUCCCUAUUCAGUUGAAGGAUCUACAGGUUUUCACCAUUAUCCGUGUUAUAUUCCAACUUUCUGAAGAGAUCCCUUGCAUUUCUGCUGUUGUUGUAGCUCUACUUGCUGAGCCAAAGCCAAGGAUUGACUAUACUCUGAAAGCAGUUGGUGGAAGUUUAACAGCUAUUCCUGGAAUAUCAGAUAUGAUUGAUGAUACUGUGAAUUCAAUUGUUACUGACAUGCUUCAAUGGCCCCAUAGGAUUGUGGUUCCACUUGGUGGUAUUCCUUGUGAUCUAAGUGAGCUGGAGCUUAAACCCCAAGGAAAACUUUCAGUGACUGUAGUGAAAGCGACUGCUUUGAAGAAUAUGGAAAUGAUUGGAAAGUCAGAUCCGUAUGUAGUUGUGCAUAUUCGACCAUUGUUCAAGUAUAAAACCAAAGUUGUUGAUAACAACUUGAAUCCUACUUGGAAUGAGAGAUUUGAGUUGAUUGCAGAAGACAAGGAGACCCAAUCACUCAUUCUAGAGGUUUUUGAUAAAGACAUUGGGCAAGAUAAGCGAUUGGGAAUAGUUCAGGUACGCCUUAAUGAUCUAGACUCACAAACUGAAAAGGAGAUGGAAUUGAGGCUGCUGUCAUCACUUGAUACACUGAAGGUGAAAGAUAAGAAGGAUCGAGGAACCUUGACAAUAAAGGUCUUAUACUAUCAGUUUAACAAGGAAGAACAACUGGCUGCACUAGAAGAAGAGAAAAAGAUACUAGAAGAAAGGAAGAAAAUGAAAGAAGCAGGAAUGAUAGGAAGCACAAUGGAUGCACUAGGAUCUGGUGUUGGACUGGUUGGUACUGGUGUUGGACUGGUUGGUACUGGUGUUGUGGCCGGUGCCGGUCUUAUGGGAAGUGGCGUUGUGGCUGGUGCCGGGCUAGUUGGCAGUGGCAUCGGUGCUGGAGCAGGGCUAGUUGGCAGUGGUUUUGGAGCCGUUAGCAGUGGAUUGAGCAAGGCAGGGAAGUUCAUGGGAAGGACAAUCACAGGCCAUAGUGGCUCUAAAAAGAGUGGCUCUUCAACUCCAGUCAAUAAUGCACAGGAGAAUGGUGGUGGUGCAAAGCCUCUUUGAUUCUUUUCUUUGUGUAUUGUAAGACUAAUGGAUGAAUCUUUGCAGCUUCAGGCUUUGAUAAUAGAUAGAUUACAUGUGUAUUUGUUGCUUUAUUUUCUUACCAUAAUGUUUUCUCCAUGGCUGUUAUAAUGUUUCCUCCAUGGUUGUAUCAUCUUUGUCUGUGAUUAUGUUUACCUGAAUUUGUAUUUAAACUCAACAAAUUGUAAGCAUUCCUUAUUCAGUUCACCUACUUGAUGUAACAAAUUGUUUGA